UCUUAUCAUAUCAUCGGUUGUAACAAACAGCCGAUAUUGUAUGCUGAUUAAAUGACAGACAUUUUUACAUUUUACUUUCGUAGGUUAUCAAUGAAUGGUUAAAACGUUUAAUUUGUGCAAGAUAAGUGUUGUAAUGGCUCUUAGAAAUAGUGUUUUAAGAACAGUGCCUGGUCUUAAAAAAAUCGUUUUUAAUAAUGGACUUAGAAAAUCUAGUAGUAGGUUAUUUUCGACGGAACCAAAUUUCCCAGGAGCCAAGACCUCAUGGACCGAAAAACUCCAGUUUACGGAAACUGACUCAUACGCACCAAUUCCAGUAUUCAGGGUUAUGGAUCGGCAAGGAUGUGUGAUUAUUCCCGAUGAAGAACCACAGUUAGGAGAAGAGACUUUGCUCAAAAUGUAUAAGACUAUGGUUGUUUUGAAUGUUAUGGAUAAAAUACUCUACGAAUCUCAAAGGCAAGGACGUAUAUCAUUUUAUAUGACCAAUUAUGGUGAGGAGGCUACCCAUAUUGGCAGCGCCGCAGCCUUAACAUUAGAUGAUCUGGUAUAUGGGCAAUACAGGGAGGCAGGGGUACUUAUGUAUAGGGGAUUUACUCUCACUCAGUUUAUUGAUCAAUGUUACGGAAACAUUGACGAUUUGGGUAGGGGCAAACAGAUGCCCGUGCACUACGGAAGCAGGGAGCUGAAUUUCGUCACCAUUUCAAGUCCUCUGGCCACACAAUUGCCCCAAGCCGUCGGAUCAGCUUAUGCUUUAAAAGGAAGUAACAAAGUCGUAAUUUGCUACUUCGGUGAUGGAACUGCCUCAGAAGGAGACGCGCAUGCCGCUUUCAAUUUCUCCGCUACGUUAGAUUGUCCUGUGAUAUUUUUUUGCCGAAACAAUGGUUACGCAAUAUCAACCCCAGUGGAUGAACAAUACCGGGGAGACGGUAUUGCCGGCAGGGGACCGGCUUAUGGAAUUCAUACUCUAAGGGUGGAUGGGAAUGAUGUUCUAGCCGUUUAUAAAGCCACUCAAUUCGCUAGGGAGUAUGCUCUUAAAGCAAAUAAGCCUGUGUUAAUUGAAGCAUUAACUUAUAGGGUAGGAGAUCAUUCAACUUCAGACGAUAGCUCAGCAUAUCGGUCACCAAAAGAAGUGGCAGAGUGGGCUGCCAACGACUAUCCAACUAAAAAGUUUAGAUAUUACCUGGAGAAUAAAGGGUUAUGGAGUGAAGAUAAGGAAAAGCAACUCGUUGAACAGACCAAAAAGGAUGUUAUGAUCGCGUUUGGUGCAGGAGAAAAAAAACCUAAACCAAAAUGGACCGAGAUGUAUGAAGAUGUUUAUAAGUUUUUACCGCCGCAUAUAAGUUUAUCCAUUACAGGAAGCAAAGAGAGGCAAUGCAAGACCAUGUGAAGAAGUACCGAGAGCAUUAUCCCCUUGGCAGUUUUCAAAAGUAACAUUUCUUUUUAACUUUCAAGCUGCAUCAUAUUUUAGAUUGGUAUGCUGUUAUUGAAAACCUAAUAAAUGUUGAAAAAAAAAAACAAAUAAAUAAA